AUGUUAUCAUAUCUUACUGAUUUAUUCUUAUUCUCAUGUUUAUUAUUGAUUGUCAAUGGUGCAGAAAAGAAAUAUGUCGAUAAAGAAAAUGUAACAGUUUAUGUAAACAAAGUUGGACCUUAUGGAAAUCCUCAAGAAACGUAUCAUUAUUAUUCUCUUCCUGUUUGUCGUCCAUCAAUUAUUGUCUCAAAAGAUCUGACUCUUGGAGAAGUUCUUUCUGGUGAUCGAAUGGCUCGUUCAUUAUAUCAUAUUCAAUUUAAUGAGGAUAUUAGUAAUGAACAAUUAUGUUCAUUAGUGUUAACAUCAGAUGGAUUAAAUAAAUUAAAAUUAGCUAUUGAAGAAUAUUAUUAUUUUGAAUUUGUUGUUGAUGAUGUUCCUAUUCGUGGUUUUGUUGGAUUAAUUGAAGAAACAAAUUUAUUUCCACAUAAACAUCAUAUUUAUAUAUACACACAUCAUCAUUUUGAUUUUUUUAUUAAUAAUCAACAAAUAAUUUAUGUAAAUAUAAGUACAAAAGAACAUCCACCUGUAUCAUUAGAUGAUGAAGCAAUUGUAUCUAUUAAACUUGAAUUUACUUAUUCAGCUAAAUGGUAUCAAACUGAAACAUCGUUCAAAGAUCGAGCAAAAUUUAUAGCGAAUACUGCUUUUUUUCCUAAAACACUUGAAAUUCAUUGGUUAUCGGUUAUUAAUUCAAUGAUUCUCGUUUUUCUUCUCAUCGUUUUUGUUAUUAUUAUUCUUUCUCGUAUAUUAAAAAACGAUUUAAAUCGAAUUGGUGACGAUGAUGAUGAUGAUCCUGUUGUCGAAGAAAAUGGUUGGAAAAUAAUUCAUACAGAUGUAUUUCGUUUUCCUGAAUAUCGUGAAUUAUUUAGUUCAAUAAUCGGUGUUGGUUCACAAUUUUUAUCAAUAUUUAUUGGAAUACUUUUAUUUGCAUUUGCUGGAAUGUUUACUGUUCAUCGUCAUGGUUCAUUAAUAGCAUCAGUUAUUAUAUUAUAUGCAUUAACAUCAUGCAUAGCAGGUUUUGUUAGUGGAAGAAUAUAUCGACAAAUUCAAGGUCAAUAUUGGACAUGGAAUAUAAUAUUAACAGCUAAUCUUUUUACUAUUCCAUUUUUUCUUAUUUGGUCAAUUAUAAAUACAUUUGCAUGGGCACAUGGUACAACACAAGCAUUACCAUAUACAACUGUACUUAUUCUUGCUAUUAUGUGGCUUUUCGUUGGAUUUCCUUUGACAAUUUUGGGUGGAAUAUUUGGUAAAAAUUGUACAUCAAAUUUUGAUUCACCAUGUCGAACAAAAGCAAUAGCACGUGAAAUUCCUCAAGUAUCAUGGUAUAGAACAAAUAUAAUACGAAUGUUAAUUGGUGGUUUUUUACCAUUUUCAUCAAUAAGUGUUGAACUUUAUUAUAUAUUUUCAACAUUUUGGGGUCGUGAACAAUAUAUGUUAUAUGGAAUAUUAACAAUUGUUUUUUUAAUACUUAUUUUAGUAACAGCAUCUAUAUCAAUAGCAUUAACUUAUUUUCAAUUAACAUCAGAAGAUUAUCGAUGGUGGUGGCAAUCAAUUAUUAGUUCAGGAUCAACAGGUUUAUUUGUAUUUUUCUAUGCGAUAUUUUUUUAUUUAUAUCGAUCAAAAAUGAGUGGAACAUUACAAACAUUACAAUUUUUUGGUUAUACUUUAAUAAGUUGUUAUGUAUUUUUUCUAAUGCUUGGUACUGUUGGCUUUUUUUCUUCACUUAGAUUUAUUCGAUAUAUUUAUAUUAAUAUUAAAAUGGAUUGA